CUUUCCGUUUAAUUCAUGUUGGAAGUCAUCAAAAAUUGUGAUUCUGGUUACUGUUCUUGUAUUUCUUUUAAUGAUGAUUUUUCUGUGCUAAUAUGGAUAGGAAUGGAAGAUAAUCCUAUUGAUUCGUCAACAGUGGCUCAAGUUUAUAUAGAUCUUUCUGCUGCAGCACUAUUAUUGUUCGGUGGAGCUCUAGCAUGUUAUGGACUCCUAUUGUGUAGGAAAAUGAAGAAUGUUAGAUCUGAAAGAGCUUCAUCUGAGAUCUGGAAGGUUGCAGGUUUGGCCACUGUAUCUGUUCUAUGCUUCACAUCCAGCUUUUGUGGCUCUUUCACUGAUAUUCCGAUGCUUUAUCACUGGCAUGGAUUGCACGUACAUGGUUUUUAUACUUCUACUUACUGAUUUUAUAUUAUUUUAUAGGUGUCAU